AUUUAAACAUGACAUGAGUGCUCUGCCACUGAUGGAAGGUUUACAUCUGUCAAGAACCACUGCGCAUGAAAUGGACCACAACGCUGUCAUUACAAGCCUGGCCUAUCAGGACCCGCUUCAUCCGAAUCACGUGGAAACAUCUACAGACCCAUUGGCAGGCGGCAAGUAGAGAGAAGAACUUAUGGCACUUCACCGACGAGGAGGUAAGACCGUGCGUAAAAGCUAAAGUUUACCACGCAGCUGCGCAACAUCGGAGGAAGCUCGGCAAUAAUACUCAUCUCCUCGAGUGAAAACGCGAAAACAUUAACAGUGAGGGAGAGAGGGGCAGGAAAGUUGGUUGUAUGGCACCGCAGUCGUGCGUAAUGAAUCCUGCGCAGGGAUCACCGCCCUCGGCUGCUCCCGGGGAGACCUCACCGGAGGAUAGAGUCGCUGGUAGCAUCGGAACUGACGAGCUGGACCUGUCACUUGUCAGAAGAUGCAAGACCAAAAGCUUAGAUCUGCCUUUCAGCGUGGAAUCCCUCAUAUCGGACAGGACGCCGUGCAGAAGCCUCCACUCCCCUGAACCCGGCUCUGGUUGCGUCCGAGCGGAGGAGACCGAGUGUGCGUCACCGAGGGGACUUUAUCCGUCUAAACCGGAGGCAGUGGACCUCAGCGACAAGGAGACGGGCUCCUGGUUUCAAGCUCCUUAUGCAUCCCCUUCAAGACUUCCCAGCCCGAACCCGUGUAAUCUACGGAAACACAAGAACAACAGGAAACCCAGAACUCCCUUUACAACCUCUCAGCUGCUUUCUCUGGAGAGGAAGUUCCGUCAGAAACAGUACCUCUCCAUCGCGGAGAGAGCGGAGUUCUCCAACUCCCUGAGCCUCACAGAGACCCAGGUGAAGAUCUGGUUUCAGAACCGCAGGGCCAAGGCCAAGAGACUGCAGGAGGCCGAGCUGGAGAAGAUAAAGCUGGCCGCCAAGCCGCUGCUGCCGGCCUUCGCCUUUCCCUUCCCGCUGAGCGCACCCGUGGGCGCACCGGCCCUGUACGGGGCCCUGAACGGACCGCGUCCUGCCUUACCCGUCCCAGGACUAUUCAGUGGACCGUAUGGGAUGUACUACUUGUCUUAACUCUCACUAACUUUGAGCUGCUUCUUUGGGAGAGCUGCCUUUAAAAAGAAAUGCCUUCAUACAGCAGAUAACCAACAUUGCAAAAAAAAAAAAAGUCCAUCUUUUGAAUCAGUGUGUCUGAAAUCUCAAAUGAAAUCCUCUGUGAAAUAUUUCUCGUUUUAAAAAAGAUUUAAUGGUGCGGAAAAAAAUGUUUUAUGCAGUGGUUUAUUCAAAAGAACAAAAACAUAAAAACAUAUAUUUUCACUCGAUUGUAAUUUUCCAGAAAUUCUCAUUAAUUUUCAGUGAACAAAUAUUUAAAUUUUAUUUUAGGGUAAAUUAUUUAACAAGGUCAUUUUUGCAGUGUAUCAGUAAAAUCUUUCUUUCCCCCAUGAGGACUCUUGCUGAGCUCAUUUUAAAUUUUGAAAUUUCAUUUGUACUCUAAAGGCUUUCUGUCUCAACACAGAUAUUCAGUAAAUGCUUUUUCCAAGUAAUUUUACUGUCACCACAGAAAAUAACAUGAUUAUCAAAAAGCCUGCAGCUUUGAUUUGACCAAAAACCCAUAGAGUCACUAAAAAAACAUGUUUUAUUUUUUUUACAUUUCCAUUGUAGAGGCCUUUGAAAAUUUCCACCUUUACAAAACUGUUUUAAUUUAAUUUUAGGAGUAUAGAAAACGCAGAGGCUCAUCAAUAAUAUUAUAAAGGAUAAUGUUUGGCGGUUUUCUGUAUUUUUCACAGCUCCAUUAUCCAAAAACUGUUAGGAAACACAUUAUUGAGCCACAUAAUUGCACUGGGUGACAUGUUUCUUCAUUACUAAAUAUACAGGCACUAUAUAUACACAAAUAAACCCCAUAACUUUCACACUUUGACACUUUAACUUUCCAGAGAAGUGAAAGUAAGGGCUUUUAAUAGUUUGUUUCAUUGGAUUUGUGGACUACAACAAUGCUUUAAUCGACCACUGAGCGAGGCCCUUAAAACCCUGACCGUUUUUACAUAAUCUGAGGGAUUUAACUGGUUAAUAAGACUAAUACAGCUCAGUCAGGUGUUUAUAUAAGAUGAUACAGAGUGUGAUUGGUACACAAGCCCCUUUAGUCUCCAGUUUCAAUGUCAUUUAACUAAGAGCACCCUAAUAUAGACAUAGAUUUCAGAUAAGUGGGUCUUCACAAGUAAUUACGCAUCCAGCAUCUACCACACAACCAUCAUGGAACAGAAUAUGAAGUACCUUUCAGUUGCUGUUGUGAUGAAAUCUGUGUCUGUAAAUUUUUGGAUACUGAAAAAUAUGUUUACCCUUUGCUCUUUAGCUCUAAAGUGCUGCACAGAUUCGUACUCUUCAAAGUGACUCCAACAAUCACCCGUAACUUCUUUGUUUCUGACUUGUCAACAAAUUUCUUCAUUUACAAAUCGACUAUAAAUCUGCUUUACUCUCGUCAUUAUACCUCAAGCGGAGAAUGUUUUUGCACAGAUGGUAAAAGAGAUCUGCAAGACCUGUUCCAAUACUAAAUGUACAUAAAAGUCCUCGCCUAUUUUUGCAAACAUUCAAAGUGCUAAACAUGACUGAUAGACUGGUAUUGGUCAUUAUUGUACAGUGUAUUUUAUAUUUCAUGGGUGAAAUUGUGUUUUGUACAAUUAUUAAAGUCUAUUAUGUAAAUUCUGA